AUGACUGGCAUGGAGCGUUCCUCUAUUGAGCAUACCCUGCACAGCUUGCAGAAGGACAUCGAGUCGAAAGCCACAACCAUUAAGCAUCUUCAAAGUGCCCUUGAUGCAAAGUCUCAGACCAUCAACAUCUUGUCGAAAGCCAACAAGAGCCAAAACAAGGAUGGUGGAGGGUCCCUGGAGGCCUACAUCGAAGAGGCAGUUGGGGAAAUGUGCAAAAGAAAGCUUGCAGCAAAGGACGAUGAGGUGAACCGGUUGAUGGAGUUGCUCCAUGACCUGGAAGAGCGAAGUGCGUCCAACCCGCAGAAUCCUCAGAGCCCACAGCAGAGCCCACAGAGCGCUGGGCCUCAGACUGGUCAGACUGGGGAUGCCCAGCGCCUGGAAGAGCUCCAAAAGGAGCUCCAGGAGCUGCAGGACAGCACGGUUUUGCCCCUGCGGGAGCGGAACGAGGCCCUGGAGGCCGAGCGGAGUGAACUCGCCGAGCAGCUGCAGGCCUUGCAGGCACAGAGCGCUUCACAGAGCAGCGCCAGGGCUGAGGCCGCUCAGCAGCUGAGCCAGUUCCGGGAGUAUCAGUCCAAAGCCUUCGAACUCAAGUCAGCCAAUGACGCUUUGAACGAACAGUUGGAGGCGGUGAAUGAAGAGAUCCAGCAAAUGCAAAGUGAUCACAAAGACGAGGUUGACCAGCUACGAAAGGAGCUCUCAACUCUGCAGAGUGAUAGGCAGGCACAUCACCAGGCGGUGGCAGCUCAGAUCGAUUCCAAGGUGAAAGCAAUACGCCUUUCCUUGGAGAACGAGAAGCGCAGCCUGGAGCAAGAGCUUGAGGAUGCAAGGGAAAAAGCACAUGCUCAGCUUCAAGCCGUUUCAAACGAGCGAGAUCACCUGCAACUAAGACUUCAUGCGCAGGAAGUGGAAGUGCAGGCCUUGAGGGAUGUGGUGGAGGCCGCGGAGGCCCAGAAGCCCGAGCCCGACCAGCCCGACCAGCCCGAGCAGCCCGAGCAGUCCGAGCAGCCCGAGCAGCCCGUGCCGCGAAAGGCGCAGGAGAAGGUGGAGAGAGCCAAGGCCUUGCGGGAGCAAAGCCAGUUCGCUUUUGAUGAGAUGACCAGGCACCUUGCAGAGAUUCGGGAGGCAGGCGAAGCCGAGCGGAAGCGUUUGCAAGCGGAUCUCGAUCAGCAGCUGAAGCAACGCGCAGCUGCGUUGCUGGAAGUGCAGAAUGAGAGGGACAGCCUGCAGACACAGGCAGAAGCACUUGAACAGGCAAACAAAGCAGUGUCCCUGCAGAGGGAUGAGAUUGCACGACAGCUCCGCGAAAAGGAGCGAGCACACCAAGAGCUUGCCGAUGAGCUUGAGGAGCAGCAGGAGCAGUUGAAGACGAAUCAGCAAAGAUAUGGUGUGUUGUCAAUGGUCCAUGCUCUGCAGCGCAGCACUGUCUUGCCUGCUUUCUCUUUGUUUCGAAGGGCGCUCAGCCAGGAAUCGCCCGAAGGAAGCUCUCCAGACAGCCACAACAUAGGUUUCGGUGGCAAGGAUGCCGAUUCACUCGGAGACACUUCGAUAGGUGACGGCGUUGCUAGCACAGGGGACCUGGCAGGUGAUGCGAGCCUGGAGGACAGCGACGAUGAAUCGGAUGAUUCCUAUGCAUUGGAUGAUAGAAGCCAGCAGGAAUUUGCGGAGCUGAUGAAGGAAAAUACUUUUGAGUCUCUGUUCGUUGGAGCAGGUCUGCUCAGUGAGGAUGCUACUGCUGUCACUGGGGAGUUGCAACAGCACGUGGCCAACAUCGACAAGUCCCUGGAACUUUUUCCACAGAUGUACUCAACUCUUAUGCAGGAGCUGGACAAGAGGGGUUUUGGCAAGGAGAUGCGGAAGUUCCUGAGCUUGAUGCGCAAGGCCAUGGGGCGCUCAGUCCGCAUGGCCAGCACGAUGGCCGAGCUUGAAGAGAAGCAUGCAAAUGUCAAUAUGAAGCUGAAGAACCUGCUUGGCAGCAAGUACUUGGAGUGGCAUUUGAAGAGCUUGCGCACCGCAGGGCAACAUGAGGUGCUUCUGCGUUUCCAGAAGAACCAGAUGGCAGCACUUAAAGCCGAUUACGACGACGUGCUUGAGCAGUAUGGCGACCAAUGCGAGCAAAACCGACAGGUUAAGCAAGAAGUGCAGGCUUUGCAGGCGCAGGUCGAAGAUUCUCGCCAGCAGCUGGAAGCGUCAAAGGACAAUGAAGUCAGACAGCGCAAUGAGUCUCUGGUGCAAGAGUUGCGAGAGGUUCGUCAGGAGCUGGGUGCGGCACAGCAGCAGAUUCAAACAUUGGAAGCGUUCAAGGCCAACGCAGACAAAGCAGUCCAUGCAGAGCCGUCAGAGCCGGCAGAGCCGGCAGCCGACUGCAACCAGACAAGCGAGGCGUCUGAGAUAAAGCAGGAUGCUUCGGAUGGUGCAGUGGAAGCGUCUCUGCCUGCCAAGGGGAAGGGCAAGGGCAAGAAGGGUCCGGGCCCCCCACCCGUCAGCCAGGAGGGCGAGACAGCGGAGACACCGGAGACGGCAGGCGAUAGCCUUCCGACACCUACAGCCACCAAGGGAAAAGCUAAGGGGAAGAAAGGCCCAGGCCCUCCUCCUGUGCGCCAAGAGGCUGAGUCUGAAUCGGCUGUUUCUGCCAAGGAGGAUAGCGCCGGUGAUGCAGGUGAUGCAGGCGCUGCAGGCGAUGCGGGCGAUGCGGGUGCUGCGGCUGAAGUGGCACCUACCACCACUACCACCAAGGGCAAGGGCAAGGGGAAGAAAGGCCCGGGCCCGCCUCCUGCAAAAGUAUCGGCAGAGGUCCAGGAACCCACCGAGACCACGGAGACCAGUGAGACCACUGAGACCACCAAGACGGAGGAGGGGCCGCCGCCGAAGCCCAAGGGCAAAGGGAAGAAGGGUCCUGGUCCACCCCCGCCAUCUCUUAGCAAUCCGAGCAAUCCUCCAGCCGAAGCUGCGCCUGACAUGCAAGAUGCACCUGCGGGCCCAAGCAAAGGAAAGGGCAAAAAGGGUCCACCCUUGCCACAAGGCAAAGGAGGAGCGGUACCAGAGUCUGCCAAUGAGGACACUGCUCCCAGUGCCCAAGGCACGAAGGGGAAGCCUGCUGCUCCAGCAAAAGGAGGCCCAAAAGGGAAGGCAGCCGGCAAGGGCAAGGCAGCAUUGCCCGAGGUUGACCCGGGUCCAGAGCCACCCAAGGAUCUCAUUGGCAAGAAGUUUCAUUGGACGAACGUUGCAGGAAAUCGCUUUGCCGGUUCCAUGUUUCAGCAGAUUGUUGACAGCCUCAAUUCAAGCAAGACCGCGGAGCAAGCUGAAGCCGCAGCAGAUAAGGCAGAAGCAGAGCAGCAAGAGAAGCAAGAGAGGCAGGAGCAGCAGGAGGAGCCGGAGCAGCCGCAGGCCAAGAAGCCCAAGAUGCGAACUCUGCUCGAGAACUUGCAAAAAUCAUUCUUCAAGAAGAAGGAGGAUUCGACAGAAGCCGCAAAAGAUCAAAAGGAAGCUAAAAAGAAAACCGUGGCACAGUGCUUGAACUCAAGGAAGAGCCAGGCCGUGGAAAUCUUCUUGAAUGGAUGCGGGGUCAACAUCGAUCAUGUGCGGAGAUGCGUUUUGGACCUCGACACUUCUGAGAAGUCUUUGAACGUAGAGCAUCUGGCGAAGGUGAUUGAGCUUUAUCCCAAAGGCGAGGAGUUCCAAGAGCUGAUGGACUUCAAGAAGGGGAAUGAUCCGAGCAUUCUGCCCUGGGCCCGUGCAGAGGAGUUCCUUAUCCAACUCGUGGACAUUUCUGACUUCACGGUUAGAGCAGAGUGCUGCCUCACGAGGGGCAUGUUUGCUUCUGAGAGCGACGAGGUGUCGCAGGAUCUGACAACGUUGCACGAGGCUUUGACGGCCGCAUGCAACUGUGACAAUUUGCGAAAGAUCUUCACGGUAAUUAUGCAAAUUGGCAACUACCUGAACCACGGUACAAACAAAGGCGCGCAGCGUGGAUUCACGUUGGACACGUUGCCCAUACUGAGCCGGGUGGAAGGCUUCGAGGGGAAGGCGUACUCACUUCUGCGAUUCAUAAUGGAUGAAGUUGAGCCUGACGUGCAGCGGGGAGCUCUACAAGAGCUGAAGCUCUGCGAGGCGGCUUCCAAGUUGGACUUUGAUGAAUCGGUCCGACGCCUUUCUGAAAUGGACAAGAAGCUCUCUGUCAUGGAAGAAGCUCUGAAACAAAGCACUGGAACAGGAGCAGAUGGUGAAGGCGAGGGAAAGCCGAGCAGAUUUGGUGAGCACUUCGAAGCCGAGAUGCAAGGUUUUGUCGCGGAUGCCAAGCUCCGGUUGUCCAACCUGCGCCGACAGUCAGAGGAGGUUCAGGAGCUCAGCAAAACUUGUUGCGAUCUCUUCGCCGAGAAGCCGCGAACACCUGCACCAGAGACUCUGGGGAAGCUGGCGGCCUUCCGCAAGGACAUGGACGCAGCGACAAAAACAAACUUGUUGUGGAAGGCAAAGAUGGACAACAAGAAAAAGAGAGAGCAGGCAAAGAUGGCUCAGAAUGCCCAGAAGACCUCGGCGCUCGAGGUCGAAAAGCCUUCGGCGGAGACGGCGGAGACCCCUUCAAUUCCGGUUACGGGGGCUAAUCCGCCCGCGGAGACGGCAUCUCCUCCAAAGAUGAAGAUGAUGCAGGUUCAGGAACCUCGCAUCUCAUUUUUGGCCGCGCCGCUGCAGGACCUGGAGGCAGUGACGACAGCGACUGGAAGACCCAGUCUGCUGCGGAAGGGCAAGAUGGACAAUAAGAAGAAGAAAGAGCAGGCAAAGCCCCAGAAGACCUCGGCGCUCGAGGUCGAGGCGGAGAGCUUCUCACAAUCGGCCCACGACGCGGCUGCAGGGUCUCCUCCAAAGCUGAUGCAGGAGCGCAAGUCCCACGGGGUGUCCGUGGACAUGGCGCUGCAUCCCCCGGAGGUGCCUCACCCAAGCUUGGCCGAGCAGUACAGGAAGGAACGCCAAUCCCACGGUGCGCCUGGUCCUGGGCCAUGUGCAGACCUGUCGGCAGAGCUAGACAUGGAUGCGCCGCUGCCUCCUCCUGAAGAGCCUCGCCCGAGUUUGGCCGAGCAGUUCAGGAAG